AUGAUCAAGGCCCCAAACAGCCGUUGGGACCCAAAGCACCGUGAAACAAAUAUCUUCAUCUGUGAAUCCGCCUCUUACCGACGCUUGACGCAAGCCAAAAUCUGUGCCCAGCAGAAUGUCUGCCCCACCUUAAGGCAGUUUGUCAACGACGAAUACCCACCCACAGCCAUUCUCUUGCAAUACAUUCCUAACAUGAAGGAGCUAAAAUGGACUGAGUAUAAUGAAAGAAGGAUGCGAAAUUUUGUUGGUGGACUGGUUGCGAUCCAUGACGCGCUAGUCUUUCAUGAGGACCUUCAUCCUAGGGAUAUGAUGGUUGUGGACGGGAAUCCAGAAAGGGUAAUCUGGCUAGAUUUUGACAGGGCGCGGACGUUUAAUGGACAUCUUUCAGAGAGGCAGAAGGAAUUGAUUGCAUUUGAUAAAGAGCCUCGUGGCCGAGAUGGCUGA